GAACGCCUCCUCUUCCUCCUCAUCUUUGUGUGUAUUUCAGCUGCAGCCCUGCAGCCCUCUCACACACUGCUGACAACUGAAUACAGCAUUAACAUGGCCACUAACCGGGUGAUAGUGUAUGGCGGAAGAGGCGCUCUGGGAUCCAAGUGUAUCCAGUACUUCAAAUCCAAAGGAUGGUGGGUCGCUUGUAUCGACAUGGUUGCUAAUGAGGAGGCGAAUGAAAACGUGAUUGUGAAGUUGACUGAAUCCUUCACCGAGCAGGCGGGACAGGUGACAACAGAUGUGGCCCAGUUGCUGGGGGAGCAGAAAGUGGACGCCAUCUUAUGUGUAGCAGGUGGAUGGGCGGGAGGAAACUGCAAUUCCAAAGACUUGUACAAAAACACAGAUUUGAUGUGGAAGCAAAGCGUAUGGACCUCCACCAUCUCCAGCCACAUCGCUGCCCGCCACCUGAAAUCUGGGGGGCUGUUGACUUUGGCUGGAGCUAAAGCAGCCCAGUCAGGAACAGGAGGCAUGAUAGGCUACGGCAUGGCCAAAGCUGCCGUCCACCAGCUGUGUCAGAGCCUUGCAGCAAAAAACAGCGGGAUGCCGCCAGGAGCUGCAGCUGUUGCAAUUCUACCCGUUACCCUGGAUACGCCGAUGAACAGGAAGUUCAUGCCUGACGCAGACUUCAGCUCCUGGACGCCGCUGGAGUAUGUUGCAGAAACGUUCUUUCAGUGGACCACGGGGGAAAACCGUCCAGCUUCAGGAAGCCUGAUGCAGCUCUUGACCUCCGGAGGGGAAACCCAGGCUGUGGCUGCUCAGUAGAGGACAGAGCAGAGCUGUGGAGGCACUGGUGGGGGUUGGUACGGCAGGGGGGAGAGAUAAAGAUGGAUGGGAGCAGAGAGAGGGCGAGAUGAGGAGAUGGAGAGGUACAGAGAUAGUAUAAAAAGAGGAGGGGGAGGAAGAGAGCCAGAAGGCGUGAUGAGGAGGGUUGGAGGGUGUGGAGGUGAAGAGGAGAGAGAGCGACAGAAUGGGGAAGGUGGAGAAGAGAUGGCCAGAUGGGUUUGUUGUGGAGGAAAAGGGGGGGGCAAGGGGGCUUUCUUUCAAAUACAGCCUCACAGCGCCAUCUAGCUGUAGAUCACCACAACUGUCCUGCUGUAACGGGCAAUCUGACUGUGUUAAAUCUCCACAAAAGGAUGGACCAUCAAAACUUAAUCAGAGUAUCCAAUUUCCUCUCAGAAAUCAGUGGUGUGACAUUGUGCCAAGUGAGAAACGUGUUAAUGUGUGUUGAAGGCUCAUUCAAGGAGUAUGCUGUGAAAACAAGCGCUAACAAAGAUGCAUAUUUGUGGAGCUUUAAAACUUAGUCAUGUUGUAACAUUGUGAUUCAAUGAUGGUGAUCAUUACAACAGUUAUGUGUUAAACUGCAGGAAGUUUAUGAGCUGACACCAUGUUAACGCUUUCAUGUCCACAUUACUUGUGUCCAUCCAGUGUUGCUAUUGAGAUCUGUUGUUUAGACCUUUUGUUUCCAGCUGUUGAUGUUGUGUGAAGGUCCUCUGCUAGUGUGGAAACUUUAAGAAAGCCGCUGUCUUCUCUCAAACGGACAAUAUACGUGAAAUUGGAGUGGCCUUAUAUUUAGUUUGUAGAAACCAAGUCCAAGUGUCCUUUGUGUGUCUGGUAUGAAAAAGCUGCUCUGGUCCUGUGGUCAGUGUUUUACCAUCUACCUGUAACUGUCAAAAUUUACAAUAAACUGGGUCAAAAUGAA